AAUCAGCAUUCCCCCAAACUGAUCAAAACGUUCAUGAAGCGAAAGCAUCAAUACAUGGAGCGUACCAUAUUUUUAAAAUGAUAGAGAUUUUUAAGGACCACCCCGUCCUCACCGGACUAGCAGUCUGUGCAGCAUGAGUCGCAGCCUUUUAUUACAGAACAACAUCCAGUGUCGAGAGUGAUGGUCAAGGAGAAGAGACCAAGAAAAAAGUACCCGUCGCGGUACAAGACGCCGUUGAAGAUGAUUCCGCCGGGCUUUUGCAAGCGGAGAAGUCUUCACAAUGUCAUGAGCUGGUUAUUUACAAAGCCUGUUCUUGGGAGCUUUUGCUGCCCAGCUACAAACAAGUGUACUCAGAGCUUCACCCCCGGAACCUGCUUAAGAUCUUCAUCAAGCCACGACUGCUGAUGCCAAUUGUAGCCUUUCCCGUGGCUGCUCCAAGGCAAGCAAUCGUUGUCUUUGGGUGUCCCGCUCCCACCGUCGUGCUGGGGGAUAUCCUGUACCUGGUGUCAGCGGUUACCUUCGCCGCUCUUAUAUGUUUUGUUAUCAACUUUGUCAUGAAGAUGCAUAUCCAGUCGAAGGUGAAAUCACUCCAGGGAGGCCGUCUUGCCAGCAUCACCGAGGUGCACCAGAUCCAAGAGGAGACUGGUGCUUGUCUAUCUAUUGCGUCGACAGUAUGCCGACAAAGUGAUGCUUUCGUAACCACCGAGUUGAACGUGCAGCCUUCCUCGCCAGUAAAGUACAAGGGGAUUGCAUCCUCUACAGGACUCAAGGAGCUCCGCCUGUUUGACCUGGGUACAUCAUGGGACACACAAAGCCUCCAGAGACUUGCGGCUUGUGCAUCGCGCCAGGGGCGUCGAGUCACACUCCAUCCCUCACUCGCCAAGUCUUUGACCGGGUUGAUGAGACCCCUCAGCUUAAAGCUUGAGCAAAUAGAGCCUCUUACAUUGUCAGCUAAACGACCUGUGUUGGUUUCUUUUAAUGGAAGACAUGCAAUCUUUCGACGUCGCGUCAAGGUUCAUCUGAUGGAUUACUGCGCAACAGAACCAGACCACAUGUCAGCGCUCCUAUCCUGUCAGCCAGGUGUCACAUGGUGAGCAUGAGUGGAUGGUAGCAGAGAUAUCUGAGCACCUUGAGGCUUACACAAUCAGUGUUACCACUAGGCCUUGGCAACUAGGCCUUGAGGGACUUGACAAGGGUUUCACGGAUACAACCGCCCGCCCUCUCUCGAUGUCUAAAUUUGGUUUUGUGAA